GCCCCCCCACCCCCCACCGCGUCGUCGUUGCCGUGGCAACGGAGAGACGCCGCUGCCGGCAACCUCCUCUAGGAAGUUCGCGAAUAAUAAAACACAAAUAAUCAAUCUCUGUCGGGGUUCCGUCGAUCAUUAUUAUCGGUACAGAUUUAAUUUUAAUAGGCGCUGCUUUUGCUGCUGCUGCUCGCGUUCACGGGCUGCGUCUUCCUCCUCCGUACGAGCCGGAUUUAAGAGCCCCACCGAGCUGAGGCAAUUAGAGUUGGACUUGGGAAGUUCGGGAUUAGUUUUAUAGAGUGCUGGUUUUGUUUAAAUACUCUUUGAUUCGUAACCCGGGGUUGUUACGGAUUCAGAGACGUCGACUCGGGGUCAUAGCUUUAAGUCCAAGCAUUGGACAGGCGCUUGCGAUGCGGCCCAGGUACCUGACCCCCCAGGAGGUGUCUCUGCACAACGUGCCCGAGGACGCGUGGGUCUCCUUUCUGGGCGCCGUGUACGACCUCACGCCCCUGUGCGACCAGUACAAGGGAGACUUGCUUCUGAAGCCCAUUAUUGAGGCGGCUGGCCAGGACAUUUCUCAUUGGUUUGACUUGAAAACUAAAGAUAUCCGAACCCACGUGGACCCCGUGACGAACACGGUGACAUUCCACACGCCGCAAGGACGCUUCUUGCACGUGCCUCCGCCGUACCCAAGCACGGACUGGGCCAAUGACUUUGGGCGUCCGUGGUGGAGAGACACCUCGUACCAGGUGGGGCUGCUGUCAAAGAAGACGCGUUUCAUCCGCGUGAUCAACACGCUCACCUCCCAGGAACACAUCAUCGAGGUGUGCACGGAGGAGAUCCUGUCCGAGAUCCUGCACCGCUACCUCAAGUAUAACGCGCACGCGGGCAGCUACACGUGGAAGCACGCCGAGCGCGAGCUCGACAUGGGGCUGACGCUGGACGAGAACGGCGUUCCCGACGAGGACGAGGAAUUCCUGCGGCUGCGGCUCGAGCCGGACGACUACCGCCAGACGCUGUACCUCUGCUACAACGACGACCUCACCGAGGCGUGAUUCGUGCAUUUCGCGGUGGUUUUAAACGAUGGAUUCCCGAGCCGGCUGGGAAAUAAAUGUAAGAUCACCAGGUGUUGGGAGAGUCACAUUGGGUCAACGUCGAGAGCAGCGGUGGUUGGAAGUUUGGCUGAAUCUUGUCGGGCUUUGUGAAUGAAAGUGAUUGUGUCGUAGAUCAACUUGUAUGACAGUAAAAUUGCAUUGGGCAACCAGCAACCCAUUUAGCCGAAAUUACUGCAAAAUAUAAUUAAGGUGGUAGGCAGGAUAAGAUGUACUUUACUCUUACGUUACUCCUGAAAAGCAAGUUUAAAACCGGAGGCCCCAUGUUCUCCUUUGUAAUUGCUUGUAAGGCAGUAUAACCGAAUACAAUUAAAAGAUGAGACUUAUAAUGUAA